AUGGAGUGCAACAAGGAUGAGGCCACCAGGGCUAAAGAAAUUGCCGAGCGGAAGUUUACUGCAAAGGACACUUCGGGUGCAAAGAAGUUUGCUUUGAAAGCCCAAAAUUUGUUUCCUUCCCUUGAAGGUAUUCCUCAAAUGAUAGCAACACUUGACGUAUAUAUUUCAGCUGAGAAUAAAGUAAAAGGAGAAGCUGAUUGGUAUGGUAUACUUGGUGUGGGCCCCCAUUCUGAUGAUGAUACAGUUAGGAAACAUUAUAGAAAGCUAGCUCUCAUGCUUCACCCUGAUAAGAACAAAUCCAUCGGAGCCGAUGGGGCCUUUAAACUUAUUUCGGAGGCGUGGAGUAUACUGUCCGACAAGGCUAGAAGGGCAGCUUAUGAUGAAAAGAUAAAUGUAAGAGCACCGAAAGGCUCAACCAUUUUUGGUGGUUCGUCAGCAAAAGCGGCGGCAAAUGGGGCUAACAAUAGCAAAAAGAAAACCCCUUCAAGUGGAAAGACUCAGAAGAAUGUUGCCAAAGAAAAUACAUCAUCUUCCAAUAAAUCGAAAUCCACAUUUUGGACUACUUGCAAACGCUGUAAAAUGCAAUACGAGUAUCUCAGAGUUUAUCUUAACCUUAAACUCGUGUGUCCCAGCUGCCAUGAAGCAUUUUUGGCUGUAGAAACUGAUCCUCCUCCUGCAAGUGGUAUCAGACCUGGAACCUCGUGGAUUUUUAAACAAAAGCACGAUAACGAAGGUAAAAGCAAACCUGUUGUUGGAAAGAACAACACGGCACCUCCAAAUGCUGGAGCAGGGUCUAACAAGAACAGCUUCCAGUGGGCUCCAUUCUCUAAAACUUCUGGUGUUUCUGAUGUGGCUCAGGCGGCAAAUGUAGUUCAGCAGGCCUAUGAUAAGGUGAGGCGAGAUCGCGAGGAGGCACAAGCAGCUACCAAAAGGGAAGAGACUUUGAAAAGGAAGCAGAAUGCUUCGAAAAAAGGUUACUUUAAUCCAGCUAAGAGGAAAAGAAAGGGCAUGGAUGGAAAUGGAGCAGUUGGAGCGUCUAACUUAGGCAGUGGAAUCAAGUUCAACUGUACUAGAGAUCUCUCCCCAGUUGAACUUCAGAAACUUCUUGUUGAGAAAGCUAGAAAAGAAAUUAGCAAGAAACUCGUAGAGUUUCAGUCAAAUAUUGUUGAUAAAUCAGCAGCAAAAAAGAGUGGAGAUUGCGUCCGGAAAGCAAACCAGAAAGGAGAAUUUUCAGCAAGAAACUCUGAGUUCUGCGCUCAAAAUAACAUUGGGAAGUCAGAAGGUGCUCCUAUCAUUGAUAACACUUGCCCUGAAAUUUUGGAUUCAAUGCUAGUAGAUAUUCCAGAUCCUGAUUUUUAUGAUUUUUACAAGGAUCGAACUGAAAGGUCUUUUGGUGAAAAUCAAGUAUGGGCUGCAUAUGAUUGUGAUGAUGGGAUGCCUCGACAUUAUGCUAUGAUUCACAAAGUGAUCUCGAUGAAUCCAUUCAAGUUGCAGAUCAGUUGGUUGUACCCAAAUAUCAACAGCGGCGAACCAGGCCCUCUAAAUUGGGUUUCUUCUGGCUUUUCAAAAACUUGUGGGCAUUUCAGAUUAGGCAAACGCGAAAUCUAUAACUCGAUCAGUUAUUUUUCUCAGAAAGUAAGGUGGGAAAAAGGUAACGACGGAGCCAUUUGUAUAAAUCCCAAAAAAGGGGAGGUUUGGGCCAUCUAUAAGAAUUGGUCUCCUAGCUGGAAUGAUCUAAUAGCAGAUGAUGUAAUACACAAGUUUGACAUGGUUGAAGUACUCGAGGAUUUUGUUGAAGAACGGGGUGUAACGGUUAUUCCUCUGGUCAAGGUGGCUGGUUUCAAGGCAGUAUUUCACCACCACUUAAAUGAGAAGGAGAUCAAGAUCAUUCCAAGGAAGGAGAUGCUUCGAUUCUCUCAUCAGGUACCUUCAAACGUACUCACCGGCGAAGAAGCUCCUAACGCUCCAAAGGGUUGUAGGGUGCUGGACCCAGCUGCUACUCCAUGUGAACUUCUCGAGGUAAUAAAAGUUGCAGGAGAGGAAAACAUGAUGGACAAUGUAGAUAAAGUUGUAAAAGAAACUAAUCAUGAGGAAAUGAUCGUUGAUACCGGAAAACUUGGGGGAACAAAGGAGGGAAUGAAGAAAGUUAUCCAUAAAAUAGAAACUCCAAAAGAGGACAGAGGGAAGAAGAUAUGCAGAGGCUUGUAG